AAAAUUUAAAAUAGUUUUCCGGCAAAUAAAAGAAUUAAUUGAAAUGAAAAAGAAGAGAAGGAAUAUAUAUAUGCCAUUUCUAAAUUUUCAUUUGAAGAAGAAAAAAUCGUCUCUAUCAAAAAAGAGAGAGAACAAAAUUUUUUUCUUCUAAAUUUGUUUUCACAUUUUUGGUAUUUUAUAAAUCGGGAGAUAUUUUCAAGUGCACGGAGAGAAAAAUCAAGCGUUUGUAGUAUGGACAGUUAAGCUUAUUUCGUAAAAGAAUGCACAUGCGCAAUAUGCGUAAAACUUCUGCUGUAUUUGUAUAAAUUUCUACGUUAUCAGCAUAAAAGUUCUACCUGUAACGCAUGGGACGUCAGUAUACUACGAUUGCAAGAGAUCCAUGCUUUUUUAGUAUAUGUUUCAUGCAACUGAGGUAUAAAAACAUGCCUCUUUAGCAGGACGUUCAUACAAAAUUAGCAUAGGAAGUCUCCAUACUACAAACGCUUGAUUUUUCUCUCCGUGUGGAAAUAUUGAAAAUGAACGUCCCCAGUAACAUGCCUUUUGAGCCACUUCGAACGAUCUAUUUUGUGCAUUACAUCAACUCUCUAAGUGAUUUUUUAUUCAAGGAAAAGUAUCUCGACGAAAACGAUCAGCACAAACAUAUUCCAAUUGUCAACGCUUUCUACAAUUAUCUAGACAACACUAACGAUAAUAAUCUCUUGCCAGAUUAUGAAAGUCGAAAAAUCCAUCUGGCAAAGAAUCUAGAAAACACCACCGAUUAUUACGAAGUAAAUGGAACUCAAAUAUAUUAUGUCGACUUGGUAAAUACCACUCUAAAGUCACUUGUAUUUGAAAAGUUUGGUGGUCCCUUUGGAUUUAUUCUCGAAACAUUGUCGAAGGAAAAUGACGAUACGUACAAAUAUGUAAUGCAACGUUUAAAACGUUCUCUUUUUGGUUUAAUAUUCGAUAAUGGAGAUGGUAAACAAUCGGUCUUGACUUCUAGAGCAAUUGAUUGGAUUUUUAAAGAUUUCAUCGAAGAAUUCUUUCCAAAAGCGAAAAAUUCUUCGGUUCGGAUCACGUCACUGAAUUAUAUUUACGCUCAAGCCGGAAAACGGUUUUUUAAAUCAGUUAAUCCACGUUUGAAACAUAUUGUUUUUAAGAAUGUGGGGGAAGAUGACAAUGAUGAUGAUCUUGAUGAAGAUGAUAAUUUUAAUUAUAUUGAUAUUGAUAAAGUUAAUGAUGAAAACAAUUUUAAAAAAUACAUCAAAAUUGCCCGAAGAAUUCAACCACUAUACGUGCCAAAAAAAUUUGACGAAUUAGGUCUGCUAAUAUUCACCGUACCUGCAUAUAUAAAUUACGUUUACAAUGAAAAGGAAAGUCUACAAUCCUACAAAAAUUUCACGACAAUCCUCAACAGUCAAGAUGUUUGCACCAAAGCCUUUCAAAAUUUGUUUUUGGAAAUAGAAAAACAACGUAGCGAAGAUACUCGCAAUAAAUUUUCCCUCGCAAUUUCCAGCAUCAAGAAUCGAACAGCAUUCGCUAGGGAGACAAUCGAAAACAAUUGUUCAACACAAAACAAAAUUGACAAGGAGGUUAAAAAAUACAAAGACCAUCCAAAACGUUACCGCUGCAAAAAUGGUAAGUCCCUGGGAAAUCUAAAUCUAAAUUACCAAGAAUAUUUGCUUAACAUUACGAAAAAGUACAAAAAGUAUGAGAAGGAAAUGUGUCGAGAGGCUUUUGGGAAAAGUUUUAUAGACAUGAUGAAUAGUCAAGAUAUUAUUAUUUCCAAGGCCUACAAUAGUCAACAAUUGCGAGAAUCGGAUGAUUUGUUCAAAGUCCACCUAUUGGAGAACAAGACAAGUUUGUACUUUGCGCUAAUUCGAAACAACUACAAUGUGACGCUAAUUGAAGAGGGUACGAAUCCUGCACUAUUUCGGCAGAAAUUAGGCCUCGACGAUGAUAUAGCCAUGGAGACAGAAGAAUUAUCGUGGAUGAAAUUGAACUCUAAAAAUUUCGAACGCUUCUUGUCAACACUAGCUCAGGAAAGAGUCGCAAUAUUUUGGAGUGACUUAAAGGACUGGGCUCGAGCCAAUGACAGUUCAGUUAAAUUUUACUCGAAGGAUGACUUUAUAUGGGAGUAAAGUAGGCGCAAAAUAGUAAUUUUCUGCACAUGUGCAGGAAAGUUAAAACGAUACUAUACAGCAGGGUAAAAAUUCUAAUAAUUUCACAAGUAGUGCCGCGACGUCUUCAUGUAUUUCCACAUUAACUAGUGCCACACCAUCCAGAAAUUCUCCAUCAAAUAUUGCUAACUUGAUUUUUUCAGAAUCGGUCAAAGUUUAAAGCAAAAUUAAAACAAAACUAUAAACAAAAUUUUUAACAUAAAAAAAUAAUAGAAAGUUUAUACAAAUAGGAAAAAUUGUUUUAAAAAGUCAGUUAGCUCAUGUAACGACGCUAGGGUCAAAAACAUAUUUUGAAGCACAUUAUCUAAUGUGUUUUGAACCAAGGAAUACAAUUAUUGUCCUAAUUUUAAAAGAUUCGCAAAAAUUUAAAAAUAAUAAUUUUUGUUACAAUAUAAGUUGUUUCUUGUUGUAUAUUCGAUAUUAAAAAAUUGGGGUUCUGCUAAUUGGAAAACAAGUAGUUCUUCAUCUACUAAUAAGUGUGCUUCUGUGUUUGUUAAUAAUUAUGCAUUUGGUAGUGCUGAUUCCUAAAAAUUUAGCAUCAAAUAAUGUUCUGAUAUCUGUCAAUAAUUGUAGUGCUACAUCUGUUGCAAUGAAGCUCUUACUUAAUACUCUUAAUAAAUAUGUAAUUUAAA